UGUCGGGGCUGGUCGCGGGCGCCCCGCUCGGCCGCACUUGCUCGGGUCGUCCCGCUCCCGGGGCUUUGUGUGCGCGUGCGGACGAGUCCCCCGCGCGGGGCCCGCGGCAGGCAGGCAGGCAGGCGCGCGGCGGGCUUCGCGUCUCCUCCUCCUCCUCUCUUCCCCCGGAGCUAACGUCGGCGGCGAGAGCCGGGGCGCUCGGCCGAGAAGAUGCCGGAGUUCCUGGAAGACCCCUCGGUGCUGACGAAAGACAAGUUGAAGAGUGAGUUGGUGGCCAACAAUGUGACGCUGCCGGCCGGCGAGCAGCGCAAGGACGUGUACGUGCAGCUCUACCUGCAGCACCUGACGGCGCGCAACCGGCCGCCGCUCGCCGCCGGCGCCGCCACCAACAACAACAGCAAGGGGCCGCCCGACUUCUCGAGCGACGAGGAGCGCGAGCCCACGCCGGUGCUCGGCUCCGGGGCCGCCGCGGGCCGCGGACGCGCCUCGGCCGGCAGGAAAGCCACAAAGAAAACUGAUAAGCCCAGACUAGAAGAUAAAGAUGAUCUAGAUGUAACAGAACUCUCAAAUGAAGACCUUCUGGAUCAGCUUGUGAAAUAUGGAGUGAAUCCUGGUCCUAUUGUGGGCACAACCAGGAAGCUCUAUGAGAAAAAGCUGUUGAAGCUGAGGGAACAAGGAACAGACUCACGGUCUUCUACUCCUCUACCAACAAUUUCUUCUUCAGCAGAAAAUACAAGGCACAAUGGAAGUAAUGACUCUGACAGAUACAGUGACAAUGAAGAAGACUCCAAAAUUGAGCUCAAGCUUGAGAAGAGAGAACCACUCAAGGGCAGAGCAAAGACACCAGUAACACUCAAGCAAAGAAGAAGUGAGCACAAUCAGAGCUAUUCUCAAGCUGGAGUGACUGAGACUGAGUGGACAAGUGGAUCUUCAAAAGGCGGACCUCUGCAGGCAUUGACUAGGGAAUCCACCAGAGGGUCGAGAAGAACUCCCAGGAAAAGGGUGGACACUUCACAACAGUUUCGUAUAGAUGGUGCAGUAAUUUCAGAGAGUACUCCCAUAGCUGAAACUAUAAUGGCUUCAAGCAACAAAUCCUUAGUUGUCAAUAGGUUGACUGGAAAUUUCAAGCAUGCAGCUCCCAUUCUGCCAAUCUCUGAAUUCUCAGACAUACCCAGAAGAACACCAAAGAAACCAUUGACCAGAGCUGAAGUGGGAGAAAAAAUAGAGGAAAGAAGAGUGGAAAGGGACAUUCUUAAGGAAAUGUUCCCCUACGAAGCAUCUACACCAACAGGAAUUAGCGCUAGCUGCCGCAGACCAAUCAAAGGUGCCGCGGGCCGGCCGUUAGAACUCAGUGAUUUCAGGAUGGAGGAAUCUUUCUCAUCAAAAUACGUUCCUAAGUAUGUUCCCUUGGCAGAUGUGAAAUCAGAAAAGACAAAAAAGGGACGGUCCAUUCCCAUGUGGAUCAAAGUUUUGCUAUUUGUUGUGGUAGCAGUUUUUUUGUUUUUGGUCUAUCAAGCUAUGGAAACCAACCAAGGAAAUCCCUUCUCUAAUUUUCUUCGUGAUGACUCUAAAAUAUCCAACUGAGUGAUAGCACUGGCACAUUCAACUCGAUCUCCUGUCUUUAAUAACUGUAUAGAAAACGUUUGUGUCCUUGUUGACUGAAGAAGUAAAAAUGUGGUUUCACCUCAAUAAAACUAGUGUUUCAUUGCAAAGCAGAAAAGAUACAUAAGUGUUUUGUGUAAGCAUUUGGACUUUGGACUAGUGGGAGAUCACGCUGGGCCGUGUCAAUCAUCUUUUUUAGCUCUGGAACUUUUUGUAGGCUUUAUUUUUUUAAUGUGGGCAUCUUAUUUCACUUUUGGGGAAAAUAUAUUGUUUUGUGUAUUUGGAAAACAAGGGCAAAACAUGAUAGUAUAAUGUGAAGCUAUACAUUUAAAUACUUGGAAUUCUUACAAAGAAGAUUUUAAGACUAAUUCUCUGCUGAAUAAAAAUGUUAACAGAUGUGAACAGUGGAAGUCAGUAAGAGAAGGUUACUUAGUGUACCUUCGUAACUGCCCCAGAAUUUGAUGGCAUGUAUAUGAGACAUACAGCAAUAAUAAUUCUUCUGUAACUUUUAUUAAUAGUAAUAUUGCUCUAAGCUGUCCUACUUAUUUUCUAAAAGGUCUUUCAUGUCAUGAAACUCCUACUUCAUGAGACCCAUCUAAAUACAGUUGGUUUUUAGCAGGGGUCAUUUAGGGCAACAUAGAUGCUUGUUUUAGAGAGCAGUUCACAGGCUGCACAUGCUUUCAAAAGCUGUUAGCUAUAAGACUAUAUUUGGAAUUUUAUACUUUUUAUUUACAGCAAAACAUUUAUUUUGUCAAUCCCGUUUAUUACCAAAAUAUUUUUUUAGAUUAAGUGUUGAUUGUAUUUGUUUAGAAGCUUUAAACUGCUCUUGCGACCCAUUUAGAUCCAUUGUUCUACUUACUGUCUCCUAUCCUUCUAUUACCAAAAGCUGAUUUUGCCAAGUUCUUUGUUUUUUUUAACCUUUAUUUCCUGAUAUAAUCUGAUUUAAAAGUACAUAAAUAUUUGCUUUCAAAUUAUAUCUAAGAAGCAAUUAAUACUUCACGUUGUAAUCAUUGAAUAUGAGGUGGGCAUUAUGAUUUUUGUAUACUCUUAAAAUAAUUAACUCUGUUCUUAUAGCUGUCUUUUGUUUUUUUAAACUGAAAUUUACCUCAUGUACGACUUGGCUAGGUAAAGUUGUAGUUAUUUGAGAUUUCACUAGAAUCAAGUAAAACAUAAAAAUCUUUAACUUAAUCCCCCAAAAAGCAAACAAAGCAGCCAGGAAUGAUGGCACAUGCCUUUAAUCCCUGCACUUGGAAGGCAGAGGUAGGAGGAUCUCUGUGAAUUUGAAGCCAGUUUGGGACUACAGAGGGAGUUGCAGGUCAGCCUGGACUAUAGUGAGUGAGACCCUACCUUGAGGGAAAAAAAAAACAAACUGAAUCAUUAAAUUGCAACUUUACAGUCAGUCACUGGCCAUAAAACACACUAAAAAACCUAAAUUAUUUUUAAUAACACCCAAAAUGAAAGGGUAAUUUUUUUAAAAAGGAGGCUGAAGGUAUAUAUUUAAACCAGCAACAAUUUUUAUUUGAAUUAAUUAUAUUCUACUGUUUAGCUUUCAGAUAUUUUGUAGACAUUUUAAAUUAAUUGUUGCUAUUGAGACCAGGAACACAUGUUGUUCUGGUCUCCCGGGGCACAUGGGAAACUCUGAUCGAGAUUUGCAGCACUUGCCUGUCUGAGUAGACGUGUCUCUUGGAAAUGAGCCACAAGGGCCAUGCUUGACUCAGUUUUCCCACCAUAAGGUAAUAGCUAUUUUAUCUUACUUCCUUUGUUUUCAAACUUCUCAUAUGCUUUCAGUCCUUUGUUUAUGACUAGAAUUUGUGAAGAGCCCCAUUUACUGUUUAAAAAUAUGGGGCAAUAAAUCAGACUUACGGUGUAUGUAAGGGCAGUUCAAGUAUGGUCCAGAGUAGCAAACACAGGGCCAGGUAAAACAUGUAAGAAUUUUUGAAAAACAUGUACUUGGUCUUUGUCUGUGUCUGUUUUAUUUCACUAGAGUAAAUGUGUCCUUGAUGUAAAUGUAAGCAUUUCUUCCUGAUUAAGUCGUAGAUGUAGUCUUUACAGUAUAACUCAACAAUAAAGUCAUUAACCUAGUUUUGUUGUUGCAAUAAAUGAUUUUCAGAUUGUA